UUCUUCCCUCUCUCGUCUCCUGAGACGGCCGGUUAUGAGCAAUAGGCUAUGGUGUUUUCAGCUGUUCUCUGGGCAGCGGAGGAGUGAAAGAAAGGCUUUCACUAUUUUCACUAUUUAAAAAAAAGAAGUUUAGACUGAGUAACCGACUGUCCCAUGUGCAUCAGUUUACAGCUGAAGCCAAGCAGACAGAGAAGAGGCGGAGAAGAGAGAAAGGGAAAGAGGGGGAAGGAACCCCUUUGGUCUGCUAACUUUUUCCAGACGCUGCAAGCCAACUGGCCAUAUGAAACGAUUCCUGGGAAAUGUUACGAAUUAACGGCAAGAACUUCAGCAUAACCUAACUGCUCAGAUUCAGCAAACGUGGCUCUCCAUUUUUCUUUCUUCGAAAACAGAUCUGCAGGCACCGAAAAAACUCACAUACACGGCGAGAGGAGCUGGGAUAAAUUAAAAAUGAACAACGUUGCAUACAUAUCAGUGGAAAUCAAGACGUAUAACAGAAAAAAGUAAAAGUCCAACAGUCGUUCCGACUUCCCUGAGUUUAUUUUGCGGUUGUUAUUCUGUUUGGAGACGGAUCCAGUCAUCGGGGCGUCAGUGAUUCGCUCAUGCGCUGGCAUGCAUUGCCAGUAAGAGUCUUGGUCGUGCUGUUCCCGAAUUUUGCCUGCGGCUAGAAGACGAUGGACCCAGUGCAGCCCAGCACGACCCACAUGGACAGCUGCGACAUAGAGAUUGACCGGAAUUAUGAGGUGGUCCCCGCUGUCAUCUGUGCCGUGUGCUGUCUUUUCGGAAUUAUCUACUGCUUUUUUGGUUAUCGCUGCUUCAAGGCUGUCAUGUUCCUGUCCGGCCUCAUGUUUGGCUCGGUGGUCAUCUUCCUGCUGUGCUACCGCGAGCGGGUGCUGGACACUCAGCUGAGUGUGGAGGCCAGCGCGGGCAUCGGCCUGGGCAUCGGCCUGCUGUGCGGCCUGGUCACCAUGCUGGUGCGAAGUGUGGGCCUCUUUAUGACUGGACUGCUGCUCGGAAUCUUGAUGGCCAUCGCCACCCUGCUGACCGCCAGCCCCUUCUACGUGCCCAGCUCGGUGUGGGUGCCGCUGGGGGCCCUGCUGGGUACCGGCAUGCUGUGUGCCGUCCUCAGCCUGCAGUGGCAGAAGGUGUUCACCAUGCUCUCCACCUCCGUCUUCGGAGCCGCUGUCAUGGUGGUUUCUGCGGACUACUUCGUGGAGAUGCUCGUGCUGGUCACGUAUGUGUAUGACUGCCUGCGAUUGGAGCCUGUGGCGCCGCUCUGCUGGUACAGCUGGGUAAUCCUGGGUAUCUGGCCUGCCCUAAGCCUGCUGGGAGUGCUGGUGCAGUGGAAGCUGACCGCAGAGGGCUUCUCCCACGCGGAGGUCAUAAUCAGCAGGCAGCGGAAGCGCGUGCAGAUGAUGCAGAUCCGUCAGAAGGACACCAGGAGAUGCGAACAGGCAGGGGAGCAUGAGGUCUCCUACCAGCGGAAGCCCACACCUGUCAAGCGCUACGCUGGUGACCUCCUGGCACCAAGCUACCUGCGGAGCCUGCAGGACCGCCAAAUGGGCACGGGCACCUCACUCAGCAGUCUUGGCACUGCCAACCAUACCACCAUCGACUUCGAUUACGAGACCAGCUCCACAGUGCCCCUCACGGCCACUAACCCUGCCAUGCGGGUGUGACGGGGAGGGGCCCCCCCACCGCUUGCACGGUGCAGAAUAUUUAAGGCAUCUCCCAAAAGCCCCUCAGCCAAGGUUUGGGACAUUUUCGCCCAGCACACCAGCACGUUCCCCAUAUGCAAUACUGGGCCUUCAGCUGAAGAGGACUGAGAUCUCAGCUUCUACAGCAUUCCAGCGUUCUGGUAUACGUGCUGUACUUUCUUAUCAUGCUUGCCUCCUGUCGAAUCUCAUAGGAACAGUUUGUGCUUGGGAAUCACAGGGAAAGCCCAGAUUAGGACCAGCACAGAUCCAGAUUUACGGGAUUGAAUAACAGAGCCAUAGCCCAGAUUCUUAUCCUGUUCAACCGAGAAGAUACAUGUUGGGUCUCUUCUAAAACCUUGGUAAGAUACCAGGAGAAUCUAUACUAUUAUUUCUCACCACUGAUAUUUAUCCCUGCCAUAAUCUUCUUAAAAUACAGAUUUUUUUUGUAAUAAAAUGAUUUUUAUGGAUAUGAAAAUCGGAAUCAAUGGACAAUGUUUUUCUUUAAAUACCCGAUAAACAGAUGAACUGAUGUAUUGACAUGGACGUUCUCUGUAGUUUCGGUCUAGUGUCCAACACGAUGCAGAUUUGAAAUACAUUCUGUAUAUGUCUGGAUUGUUUUUUUAAUGGUACACGUGCAGGAGCAGGGCCUGUGGUGUGCCUGCCUGUCCCCACUGUCCCCAAAGAGGUGACGGCCGGGGUGCCUCUGAGCCAGUCGUGCUUGCCGAUGCUGCCGGGUGUCGCACGAUGGACGCCGACCCGAAAUUUAUUGACUAUCCUUGUGAUAAUCAGAUGAUUCACUUUAAAUCAAAUGACCUCACCCUGAAGAAUAGUGGCAAUCACAGAACGAGCAACCAGAUAAACAGGAAAAUAAAUCAGUACUGUGUGUAUUAAAUGAA